AUGAGGCUAGACACAGGCGAGGAAGAAACGGCUGUCCGGCUUGGAUGCAACAACCGCACCUCCAAGUUUGAGGCAGCCAACCGUCCUCCACAGCCGUAUCAUCCGCUUGCCUCUCCUCAUCCUGCUCGUCCAGUGCCCCUGUCUAACAACUUUAUUGCCUCUCCUGUCUCCAUCCCUCCGACGUCCAAUGGGUCCGUAGCCAAUGACAAUAAUCACUUCCACCACCCCGCGCCAUACCGGGAUGCACACCCUUCCGACUUUUAUCAGGCGCACACCCACUUCCAAACGAAUGCAACCACUAACAACAACAGUUCUUACUCAAUAUCGUCCUCUCCAUUCAGCGGCGUACCGACCGAGCCUCUGGGUAGCACUGUAUCAGGAAUUGCUGUCCGCUCCAUCACCUCUGUCGCCACCCCACCGCCUGUUCUAGUGACUGUCUCUCCUCUGGGUGUUGUUGGCGCCACUCGACCCCUCGGCUCGACACCCCAUCCACAUCACUUGCCCUGGAGCCCCGGCGAACUCCACAUUCAGGCGACCGGGCUGAAGCGUCUUGAACAGCCUGGCUCAGAUGUCGUCGGAGGUGGCUUGGUCUCAUCAUCGCCACUGAUUGGAAAGCCACCCACAGGGCAGAAUGGUAAUGGUACCCAAUUUUGCUUCGUAAACACAAUUGAAACGUAUGUAGACCAAGAUGGUGUGAAAUGA